UUUGGCUCAGCUGCCAUGGAGCGAGAAAGAUCGAAGGACACGGCAGAGCUUGCAGAGGAGGAAGCUGAAAAGCAAGCUUUGGCAGAGCUUGCGCCGCCGAAAAAGUCAUGGUUUGGAUCCUUGAAGGGCGCUAUGCAGGGCGACAGGGACCCCACUGAUGCUUUGGUUGCCAAGUACAACCAGGGCCAGGAUUCAGAUGAGGAAGACAACGACGAUUAUGGAAUUGAAGUCAGGCCCCCGAAGCCCUUCGUGGACACUCCGGUGUUCAACAUGUGCUUGGGGCUUGUGAUUGCCUUGAACUCUGUCACGAUUGGGCUGGAAACAGACUCGGUGGCUCAUGCCGUGGCAACCCAAGAAGCACACGACGAUCGGCUGUGGUACAUUGUGGAGCUGAUUUUCUGCGUCAUCUUCCUUUUUGAAUUGUUGCUGCGCCUGUACUUCCACCGGCUGCGGUACUUCACAAACCCGGUGACGCGGGCCUGGAACAUUGCGGAUUUCAUCAUCGUCUCGGUGUCCGUGGUGGACACAUUGAUCCUAAUUCCUUUCGGCAUUGGUGGUACGGCCAGGGUUGUGGCGAUGCUUCGGUUCGUGCGGAUGAUGCGCUUGGCACGGCUGCUGCGGCUGCUGAAACUCUUCAAGGAACUUUGGCUCAUGGUAAGCGGCCUGCUGCAGUCCUUGAAGACGCUUGGCUGGAUCUGCCUGGUGGCCCUGCUCUUCUGCUACGCCUGCGCAAUCAUCACCACCACAGUGAUCGGGCACAACGAUGAGAUCUACGAUCCCUACUUUUCCAAGUCCGGCGGCUGGGAUCACGAGGUGUACUUUGCGACUGUGUGGCGGUCCACUUUCACCUUGUUCCAGAUCAUGACACUGGACCAGUGGAAUGAGUCUGUGGUCCGUCAUGUCGUUGCCAACCAGCCCGCCAUGUUGAUCUUUUUCUUGGUGUUCGUCUGCAUCUCCAGCUUGGGUUUGAUGAGCAUCAUGAUCGGAGUGGUGGUUGAGAACACUUUGGCCACGGCCAACAAAGAUCAGAACAAGCUGAAAGCACGUCGCGAGAGGGACCGAAAGCAAGUGUUUGGACAGCUUCAAGAGAUCUUCGAAAUGGCUGACGUGGAUGGCAGUGGCACGCUCAAACUGGAGGAGGUUGAAGCCGCAAUCCAGAAGCCUGAAAUCUACAACAAACUGAAGAUGAUUGACUUCCCUGUGGACGAUCCUGGGCAAAUCUUCGCCUUGUUGGAUUACGAUGAGAGUGGCGAACUUACGACGGAGGAGUUCAUCACAGGCUGCAUCCGGAUGAAGGGGCCCGCAAAGUCCAAGGACCUUCUGGUGGCCCAGGUCGGCGUGGAUUCCAUGCGCAAGCAGUAUGCGCUCUUCGAGCAGGAGAUGGAGAAGUUUCAAGCCAAAGUGGCCAUGCUGGAUGCCACCAUCCGAGCCGUGAUGUCGCACGGGGAGCAUGUCUUUUUGGACACCCGCCAAUAUCGCAUGCGGCAUCCAGACUUUAAAGCUCAAACCAAGCGCUUCGGCACCACCGAAUUUGAGAAUAUGCCAUGGAACAAGCCUGAAGACGCCAAAGACGCCGCUGCCAUCAUGGACACUCAGCAGGAGAUGCACGCCUGGGUCUCAGAUCGGCACAGCCGUUUGCUUUGGCAGACGGACUGCGUGAACAAGCACAAGACCUGGCCUUGCCUGCCCCUCCCAGCGUCCCUGCAAUCGCAGGAGGAGCAAAAGCGCUGGAAGAUCAGGCCGCGGCAGAAUCUGCCAGUGAUCUGCAACAUCAGUGAAGCGAGAGUUGAGGACGUGAUCACCGAAGAAGAUAUUGAAACUUGGGUGGGCGCACUUUGGCCGCUGGUGAAUGGCGAGACCAAAGACUUAAUGGUGUUCGCCAUGACUGAGCAUCAGCGGAUCCUGGAGGAACAAACCAUGGCCAUGCGGCGCACCUUGGAGGUGCAGUCGGUGGCGAUGCGGCAAACCCUAGAGACACAGGGCCGCCAAGUGACACGCCUAAUCGCUUUUGGCGGCCUCACUGCCAUCUUUUCCAAGUUCUGGCAGGAUCUGCCGGCGUGGCUGAAGUACAGGAGAUGGGCAGUGGCCGCAACUUACGGCCUCGGAGUAGUUGCCAUCCUCCUGGGCGUUUGA